AUGAAGCAUCCAAGCCUCUGGCUCGUUUUAAAGAUGACAAGGAUUUGGAUGAGAUGCUCAGACAGGAGGAAAGACUGGAAGACCCCAAUGCUGGAUUUCAUCAGAAAGAAAAAAGAGAAAGAAGACAAGAAAACUGGCAAGAAGAAAAAGAAUGAACUACCAAAGUACAAAGGACCAUUGCCUCCACCAAAUCGGUUCAACAUUCAGCCAGGAUACAGAUGGGACGGGGUCGACAGGUCGAAUGGAUUUGAAAAGAAAAUCUUCGCUUCACAGGCUAACAAGAAAGCGAUACAGGAGAUUGCCUACAAAUGGAGUACUGAAGACAUGUGA